AUGUCGGACACUGAACAAAAUUUAGAUGCUGGUGCGGUAGCGCCCUCACCAGACAAUGCAAUGUUAUUCAACAUGUUUUCCGAACUACAAAAAAGUAUGGUAGAAACCACACAAUUUUUAAGUGAACUAUGCGCUGAACGCGCGUCAAAGACAGUCGAUUCAGAAGAAUCGCAAACGCCAGUCCCAGAGGAGGACACCACAGCAGCUUCAGAGGAAGCAAAUACUGAUACGCCAGCUUCAGAGGAAGCUAGUCCAUCUGGCCAGAGGGUCGUAAAUGAUGAUACAUUAAGCAUUCUUGGCGGCGAUGAUUUUGACGAUAAUGAGGACCUUUUAGAUGAAAUUGAUGAAUCGUUACGGCCGUCAGACUCUAUAGGCCCACCGAUACAUGAAAAAAUCGCAAAAAUUGUAAACGACAAGUUUUCAUCAGAUCUCGGACUAGAGAAACGUAAGGAGAUAUUUGAAAAAUAUAAAACACCUGAAAAUUGUCCAAAGCUUUUUGUACCAAAGGUUAAUGAACCUAUUUGGACGAGCCUCAAAGCUUUUCACCGACAGCGUGACGUACGCACAGCAGUCUUACAAGACUCUAUUGUUCGAGUAUCAAGCACACUUUCUGUUACUGUUGACGAGCUACUAAAAUGUAGAGAAAACAAGACAUUGCCUGAUUAUCGUACUGUUGCCUCACGUCUUUUUUAUUCAAUUGCGCUUUUGGGCCAUGUUAAUACGGAAUUAUCCUAUAAAAGACGGGAUUCACUACGCCCAUUACUCAGUAACGAAUUAAAGCCUGCUUGUCACCGAUCGAACAAACCCGAGAAAUUUCUUUUUGGUGACGAUCUGAGCAAAUCAGUCAAUGAGGCUAAAUUGCAUGAGAAAUUCUUGCUGCGUGAUUCAUUCCCUCGCCAACGGUUUAUGCCUUAUCCAAACCAAAAAAGGCAACAUUUUUUACCAAAAAGGGGGAGGGGUCAAUUUCCUCCCCAGCAAACAUUCCGUCCGUUCCGAAGCCAACAACAGAAGAGUCAUUUCCGUCAAUAAAUAAUCAGGUAAUUGGUUUUCCGACAUACUUCAUCUCAAAAAUCUUGCCAAAUUUAAAAAGACUGAUUGAUCUAUUUUGUGGCGGCCAAAUUAAAUAUUUUAUUUCACAGUGGGAAGCUUUGACUUCUGACAAAAGUAUACUACAGACUGUCAAAGGUGAAGUCAUUGAGUUUAUCGGAGACCCUCCAACAUGUUCUAUUUAUCCAACAAACUCGAUUUCAAAAGAUCAUGAAAUUAAAAUAGACGAAGAGAUUUCUAAACUCUUGGCUAAAAACGUCAUUGUCAAAACUUCCCACGAACCAGGCGAGUUCAUUUCGCCAAUCUUUUCCGUUCCCAAGAAAGAUGAUAAGGUUCGACUUAUCUUAAAUCUCAAAAAAUUUAAUGAACAUGUCAAAUCAUACCAUUUUAAAAUGGAUUCCAUUAACACCGCCUUAUCACUUAUGACAAAGGAAUGUUGGCUAGCAUCCCUCGAUCUCAAGGAUGCGUAUUAUACUGUUGGUAUACAUAAGGACUAUCAAAAGUUCUUAAAAUUCCUUUAUAAAGGAAAACUUUUCAAAUAUACUGUUUAUCCAAAUGGUUUAUCAACAUGUCCACGAAAGUUUACAAAACUACUUAAACCAGUCUUAUGUACCUUAUGAAAAAAUGGUCAUAUACUUGUAAUAUUUAUUGAUGAUAUUUUGAUCAUAUCCACCUCAUACGAGGGCUGUAUUACAUCAAUUAUCGAGGCUGUCAAUCUCCUCACUAACUUAGGCUUUGUCCUUCAUGUUGAGAAGUCAAUGUUUUUCCCUCAACAGAAGAUUGUGUUUUGGGGUUUUGAGCUCAAUUCCGCAACCAUGAAAAUUAAGCUAACUAAUGAGAAAAUCACAAAAAUAAUGUCUCGUAUUUCAUGUAUACUAAAUUCAGACAGGUACACAAUUCGGGAGGUAGCCCAAAUUAUUGGGUUACUUGUUUCCAGUUUCCCAGCCGUUCGAUACGGAGAAUGUCACUAUCGAGCCAUUGAACAAAAUAAGAUUGAGGCAUUAAAAAUAGCAAAGGGAAACUUUGAUACAUAUAUGCAAUUGUCAACUUGUUCAAUUGAAGAACUGAAUUGGUGGUUAGUGAAUUUACCAAAUUCUUAUAACUUGAUCCAUCCCACUCCCGUAGAUGUCAGUGCUAAUUCAGACGCAUCUCUCACGGGUUGGGGAGGUGUGCUGGAUAACUGUUCUACGGGAGGGUCUUGGACUGCAGUCGAAGCACAACAACAUAUAAAUUAUUUGGAAUUGCUCGCUGCGUUUUUCACUUUGAAAAGUUUUAUAAACCACUUACGAAAUAAGCAUGUAAAAAUCAUGAUUGAUAACACAACGGCAGUGUCGGUAAUUAAUAAUAAAGGCACAAAUCACAGUGAGCAAUGCAAUGAGGUGACACAUGAGAUUUGGGCCUUAUGUGAAAAGCAUGGAAUUUGGCUCACCCCCGCAUACAUUCCCGGUAAACUGAAUAUUCUUGCCAAUAAAGAAUCCAGAAACAAAGACCUUGACACUGAAUGGAUGCUUAAUAAAAAAUAUUUGACUGAAGCUCUAUCCAAACUAUGUUUUUCACCUAAUAUUGAUCUGUUUGCCUCUCGAUUAAACAAACAAUUUGAUACAUACGUAUCCUAUAAACCAGACCCAUAUGCUAAGCAUAUCGAUGCCUUUACUAUUUCCUGGGCAUAUGAAAAAUUUUAUUGUUUCCCUCCUUUCAGUUGCAUCCUGAGAGCACUCAGGAAAAUAAUUCAAGACAAAGCCACGGGCAUUCUUGUGGUCCCCGACUGGCCAACACAGAGCUGGUAUCCCCUCCUACUUCAAUUUCUAGUGAAGCCUCCACAUCGUCUAUUGCCCAAAGCCGACCUCUUAGUCUUACCAUCAGACCGGGACCACAAACAUCCUCUCCACAAGAACUUGAACAUUCUUAUUUGUCAUGUCGUUUCGCCACCGAUACAAUUGACAUUAUUCUCAGUUCUUGGCGAGAGGGAACUAAGACGCAAUAUCAGUCAACUGCAAAGAAAUGGUUUGAUUUUUGUCAGAAAAACAACUGUGAUAUCAUUUCACCACCUUUGCCUCAGGCAUUGUCAUUUCUGUCCGACUUAUUCAAAUCUGGUUUGUCGUACAGUUCUAUUAAUACUGCUAGAAGUGUUCUUUCUUCAAUUUUGUCCUGGGAGAGCAAUCCUACUCCCUUCGGCCAACUGCCCAUCGUUAAACGUUUUAUGAAAGGUGUAUAUGAGUCCCGACCGUCUCUGCCAAGGUAUUGCUCCACAUGGAAUGUCAAUACUGUCUUCAAUUAUUUAAGACGUCAGCAAGCACCAUCAUUAUUAUCCAUGAAAGACCUCAGUCAAAGAGUUGCUUUUCUCUUAGCCCUUCUCAGCGGACAGAGAUGCCAAACAAUCGGUAAACUAUCAAUAGACAAUAUGACAAUGGAAGAGACAAAAAUCACUUUUUUAAUAGCAGAUAAAUUAAAACAUUCUAGGCCUGGUGUUCGUCAACAGCCACUAGUUUUUAUGGCGUAUGUUGCUGAUAAAAAAUUGUGUAUCCUAACAUAUUUACAGGAAUAUUUAAAACGAACGUCACCCGUUCGUGGUGACAACAAGCAACUUCUUAUUAGUUUCGUGAAACCUUACAAACCCAUCUCAACGGAAACAAUCUCGCACUGGAUAAAAAACUUCAUGACAACUGCUGGUGUUGAUACUACACAAUAUAAGAGUCAUAGUACUAGAGCAGCAUCAACAUCUCAUUUAGCAUCCCAACAAUUUGACCUUAAAGAUAUCUUGAAUGCAGCUGGAUGGUCAAAAGAAGAGACUUUCAAACGUUUUUACCAUUUCAAAGAUAACAAUGAAUUUAACUUUGGUAGUGCUAUUAUGAAUACACUAUCCUAAACAAUUGCAUGGUCUAUUUGUAUAAUCAUUUUAUUAUGUGAUAUUUCCUUAUACUGUACAUUGUGUUUUCUCUUUCUUGCUGUUUAUUCUUCGGAUAUAAUAUUGGUGCAAUGCCAGCUCUAAAUUCUCGUACAACUACGUAACGACUAUAGCUAAUGACGUAAUAGAAUUGAAAAUUAAACGAGACUUACCUGUAAGUCGAAGUUUGAUUGUAAUUCUAUAAGUCAUUAGCGAGGAGUGGAGGAGUUGUAGGCCCACCCGUGAAAUUACACCCAGGCCCGAUUACCUCCUCCACUCCAGGCAUUGUACCAAUAUUAAUGCUCUAAAUACUGGUUAACUCAUGCGCGGUACUGUCUCUCCUACAACUCCUCCACUCCUCGCUAAUGACUUAUAGAAUUACAAUCAAACUUCGACUUACAGGUAAGUCUCGUUUAAUUUCCAAUUAUACAUGCACUAUACUGGUACAAGGCAUCAAGCCAACAACUCUGUUUGGUUUUACCCACAUAGGAAUUAUAAUGAUAUGUAUCUAAAAAUAACAAUUAGCAACUAAGAAGUAAUUUUGCACACACUUUUAUAAUAUAGAUCAGAUGACAUUGCAAAUUUACUUUCAAACUUGGAAGUCUCAGGUUGGUCCUCAAUGAAGUAUGGGCAAAUAUCCUAUUUACAUAUAAUGAUGCAUGGUGGCAAUAUAUCUGGGAAACUAGUUGAGUAUGCAAAGGAGUAAAAAAACAUGAGCACCAUAUUGAUGCAUUCAUCAACAUAUACAAAAGAGAGAUGGAAAAAUUAUGCCACGAUAUUCCAAAAACUGCUCUGUCAGACAAGCAAAAGAACACUGUCAAAUUGGAAAUGAAAGUGUUGGAGGACAUUUGUAACACAAAUAUUUGAGGCUCCUCUGUCCAUGAUACUUCUAGCACAACUGGUGCAACAUUUUUUAAAGAUAUCGUGGAAGCUGUUUGUGAAAAAUGCCCUUUAAUUUAUGAGAUGGUGAAGACCCCUGUGAUUUCCAACCCAGUAAGCAGAAAUUUGCUGAAAACUAAUGCACACAAAAUGCUAUGCAGAUUGCAUACACUUGGUAUCAUAAGCAACAUAAGGAACUCAAAAACCAGAAAUUGUUCCCCCCUUAUAUUUGGGCUUCCAUGUACAUUGUUUGGUGCUGGGAAACAAUUUAUUGAUAUGCUUCAGUCAAUGGCACUAUCUUUAUGUUGGAAAAGCAUGUAAGUAUUAUUUGUAACUUGUUUCUGAAUGAGUCAUUCCAGAAAACAUACAUAUAUUGUUCAAAAGUCAUGAUGCCUUUAAUGUGCAUCCCACUAUUAAGCAUACAGAGCAAGAUCCCUUGCCUGACCAAGUCAAAGCUGCACAUUUUAUACUUGGGAACAAAUUCCUGAAAUGUGUGCCAGGUAGGAAAAGUGUUGAGAAGUUUGAUGACCCAAAGAAUGGAUCAGUUUCCUCUAACAAUGUUGAUGCAUAUGAAAGUGGGAAAAAGAAAGUUGUUGCCACUUUCAACCAAAAGCUAUUCAACAUAUAUGGCAUCAUUAAUGAAGACCCAGCU